CCCACGAAUGUAUGAGGUUUGAUGCAGUUAUUGAUGUGGGUGACAGGUGGCGCAGGUGCCUCUAUUGUUAUGCAGGUAUCGUCAGAGCUGCCAACAUGUCACUUCCAUUAAAAGUGGGUUGAAUUGUGUGGACGUAAAGGUUGCGACGUCCUCGCCCGGUGAAAACAAUGUUUACACUGCAGAGACUUGUCUUCAAUGAGGACUCAUCAGCGGCAUCCAGGCAAGCAUGAGUGUGUAUGUGAGUUUGAGGUGAGCCGUUUGCUAAUGUUUGACGGUGAAAUAAAAUGUGGACUGGAAUACAUCACUUGCAAGUGUUCUCAGUGAAAAAGAUGGUUUCAUGUAACUAGAUUGUUAUUCAUGUGUGUGCUUCUUGAAUAGUGUAAACAAUGAAUAACGUGUCAAAUUCUGCUUCGGCUUUUGAAAUUUUUCAAAAAUGUGCCUGUCGAAUGAUUCAGCAGUGUUAUACUUGUUUUAAUUGUGCGCGCAGAAGACGAAUUCAUCCUGACAACUCAAGCAAUCCUAAUCACAAUAAGAUCAUUAGGUUUCAUGCAAGUAAAUUGAUACGAGUUAUUCACCUAAAAAAUUUUAUCAAUAAAAAAUCCAAUUUUGUGGAAUCUCCCCUUCAUUUUUCCGACCAUUCUGAUGAACGUAAAAGAACGUUUAGUUUUUCGGAUUCUGAUUAUGCAUUUACUUGUUGGAGCAAACCUUUGAGAUUAUGUGAUGAAUGUAGAAGAUCAUUUAAAAACUUAUGGCAAGAAAAUAUGGUCAAUUCUGUUCCCAGUCAGUGUUUAGAAAAUGAUAAUACUCAACCAGAACAUUCUUUCUCUUCAAGACAGGUAACACUAAAUAAUUCUUUGGAAGAAUUUGCAGAUGCAUUUGUCACAGGCAUUUUAAAUGAUGCAAUAUCUAAUAUAUGUUCCAAGAAAACUUUGCAAAAUUCAUUUUCAAGCACAUCGGAGAGUGUACUUUACGCAAAGAGUAGAGAACAUAAAUUUGAACUAGGAAAUUCAAGACAAUGUAAAAGUGAACAUGAAGAAAAGACUGAUGAAUCUAACAUUGGCUGUAUUUUAGAAUUAGGCCCUUGCCCAGAGCAAAGUAUUUUACAGAAAAAUAAGCCAUUGAAAACAAAUAUGAAUGGCAUUAUGUCCGACUGCAGUUGUGGUAAGGAAGACACUCCUGAAAACCAAUCCAAUGGAGAAAUGUAUGUGUAUUACAAUUCAUCAUACUCUGAUGCCGAAGAAGAACCAAACAUACGGCUAAAAUUAGGAGAAAAAAAUAGUGUAACUCAAAAUGGGAAUUUCAGUAUUUGUCCCCAUUUGAAAAAUAAAUCAUCGAAACCUAUUCUUCUGUUUUUACAUGGUGUAGGAUGCUCAGCAGAUCUGUGGUCUCAUUUGUUGUAUUAUUUUGGGGAAGAAGGUUAUGAAGUUGUGGCACCUGACAUGUUGGGCCAUGGCUUCAGUUCAACUCCUGAUUCUCCUUGUGCUUACACAUUCCAUAAUCUUUUGAAAGACACGUUGGACAUAUUUGACAAGUUCGUGGGAGAAAUGAAAUGUGUUGUCAUAGGACAUGCCUUUGGUUGCAGCUUGGCGGCUGCAUUGGCUAGAUAUCGUCCUCAGCAAGUAAGCCAACUAGUUCUUGUCAGUGGUGGAGGUCCAACUCCCUUGGCUCCUCGUACUGCAGAUUUCCGACCACCAGCUGUAUCUCCGUGGUUGCAGAUAUGUUUAAAACCUCUGUUGUUUUGUGGUCUGAAGAGAGAUAUUCUCUAUGUUCCGUGUGGAAAACACAUAGAAACAGCUGAUUCCAUCAAGGCUGGUGUUCCUUCGUAUGUUUUGAACCAUAUUGCUCGAGGGCAAGAUUGGCCAGAAGGAGAUUCAGCUUUCCACAGGCGCAUUCUUGUACCCACUCUUUUGGUUCAUGGCAUGAAAGAUCCAUAUGUCACACUGGUGCAGGAGUGUGAAAUGGAAAGGACAAUUCCUCGCUCAUCCUUGGAGCUUAUUGCAAAUGCAGGUCAUUUUGCAAUGCUUGAAACACCUGAAAAAUUGUGUCACAUGAUACAGUGUUUUAUUAACUGGUGGAACCUCUAAGACAGAAUUGAUCUGAAAAAUAGUUUCAAGAAGAGAAUUGUUUUGAUGCCCAAUAUUAAAACCACUAGUGACCAGAGGAACUAAUAUUUGAUUGACAGCAACAAUUAUUUGAAGACUCUGUUUAUUUUCUUAUUGUGUCUUUCUUAAUGUUUUGCCAUUUAUUUCUAUUAAAGAAAAGGAAUUAAUCUGUUUUUUGUUCAAAAUUGCAUAUAAAUAAUGUUAUUUACAAUGAACAUAAAUUGUUCUAUUACCAAAAAGAAUGUAACAGAUUAAUUUUUUAACACUGCCAAAUAUUUAAUAGUGUAGUCUGAAUUUUAUUUCUUAAAUUUUGUAUGAACACAAGAUUCUGUGUCCAGUAGUGAUGUAGAAGGACUAGGUCAUAGUUAUAGGAUCUGCAAGAUGAAUUUGUUGUUGUUUCACUUUAUCUGCAUUUCCAUUGUCCAGUAUUUUAAUGAUGUUUACCUGUUUGAUCUGUUUUCAAGGUUUUAGAAGACUGUUUAAAUGGUAUUAUUGUUGACUAAUAUAAAUUACCAGUUUACACUGUACUAUUGUUGACUAAUAUAAAUUACCACUGUUGUUGAUAUAAAGAAGUUAAAAAUAUUUAUUACUGUAGUAACAUUUUAGCUAUUUACUUGCGAUUUAAGUUUCUUUAAUCAGAAUUAGUUGCUUCAAUUUUAUAUUGGAUGCAUCUUGUAUACUUUUGAGCAUUUACUAUUCAGUAGAAAAAACCUUUAAAGCAGUAUUUUGAAUUUUUAUGUUUUAUUAAAAAAAAGGUCCUUUUAGAUGUAAUAUUGAAAUCCUUCAUCUGCGAUUCUUUCUCUUUUGUGGUAUUUGCAAUAGCAAUUUAUAGUGACUAUUCCAGUCAUGAAAUUAACACCAAUAGUGUUGAAAUAUAGAUCUGGUAUGCACUAAUCAAAAUGGUGUACCUCCCAAAAAUUACCGCUUUAUCAUACCACCUCUUCCCAGUUGGCCAGUUACAAGGUGUAGUACAUAAAUCAUAGGAAGCACGGUCUUGUGCACUGGGAGCACUAAACAAUAUACUAUUUGGCACAUUCUUAAACUGUUUUGGAUGUUAUUUCAUUUGUGGAAUAGUCUUGUUGAAUGCCACUUCUUCAUUGGAAAUUUCUAUUGUAAAUCGGAAAUUUCUAAUGGUCUCAUGGUAUUACCUGUGAUAACGUAAGUACAUUCUGUAGUACAAUGAAUUGUACGAGAUGCUGUUUAUUUAUUUUCCUGCUUGAACUAUUACUUUUCUCAAAUUGCUAUUACCAUUUCUCAAAUUGUUUUAUUAACUAUGGAUGUAUUCAGUGCUGAUUUUCUGGAAAAAAAGUUUAGUGGUACUCUGACAUAUUGAUAACAUCUAACAUGUGCAUUGCAUAACCGUAAUAGUGAUAAUAUAACUUCAUUUUUUCAAGUAAUUAAGCAAGUAAUUCAGAUUAUAUAUCAUAUUUAGAAUUAAUAUUAAAGAAGUGUCCAGCAAAUGAACUACAGCAGAUGUAAACAAAAUACUUUACGACUAUGUCAUAAUGUAAUUAGUAUUUUAUUUUCUGCCUUUUAAAAUUACUUUCUGUUUACAAAUUCUGAGCAUUCAAUUUACCUUGAAGAGUACAGAUUGCUGAUUGUUUCCCCAGAAAACAGCACUAGAUGUAUUUUUGUGAAAACAAUGAAUGCUACAAAGAUUGUUUCUACCAUAUUAUGGUAAUGAAUAUUAGAACAUUUUGUAGAAUUAAGUGCAACUACUGAGAAUCUGGUGAAAUUGGAAGUUUUCUGUCUUGAAUUUUGAGAGAAAAGAGAGCAUUUUAUUUCCUCAAUGAACUAUUAUAUAAAAGUUAUUAUGUCUUCUAGCAUUUCUCAAAAUUUUGAACUUGAAAUUAGUUCUCAUUAAAACGUUUUGUAAUAUUUAUAAAAGAUUUUUAGUGCAUUGAAAAAUUGUUUUGAGAAAAAAGACUGAGAGAUAUAUACAGUUUCAUAAAUCAUU